CAACUCUGACUGGCCACAACUACCACGACAGGGAUGGAUGAAAAUCCUUAUAGACACACAUCACAACUUGUAAUGAACAUGAAUGACUUAAAGGAAGAAGACAUUAAUGACUUUCUACCAGAGCAUGUGUCAACAGACACGAAAGAUAGUAGUACUUGGACACCAAUUUGGAAAGAGGAACCACGUUUGUUACAUGAAAUUGAAGAAGGGGAGAGGUGUCAUGCCAUGCAAUUAAGUGUUGAGGAGAGCACGUCUACAGUCCAGCUAUCAACUCCAUCACAACAGGCAAUAUGUUUGAAGGUGAUUAAAGAGGAAGACAUUUAUGAUUUCCUACCAGAAUAUCUGUACAGAACAAAGGAAGAAGAGAAGGAAACUGAAUUAAUGAAAGACCAAGCGCUGGACAUUAGAAGGGAAACAGAGUCUUCUCGAUUGGAAUACAAUGGAGACAUGAUACCAAUAGGUGAACAACAGACGUACCAUACUAGCACAGACAAUCUCCAGUGUACCACACGUGAAAAGAAAUUUGAAACAAAACAGUAUUUGUCAAAGCACAAGAGAACCCAUGUGCCAGGAAAUCAAUUGAAAUGCACCACAUGUGGGCAAGGAUUUGCACGAAAGAAUGAUCUCAACAGGCACCAGAGGACACAUGCAGAGGAAAAGGCCCACCAGUGUGGUACAUGUGGAAAAAACUUCAAAGUCAAAUAUAUCCUCCUCACCCAUCAGAGAAUCCAUACUGGAGAAAGGCCUUAUCAGUGUGCUGUGUGUGGAAAAGGCUUUGCACAGCAAAGUACCCUCAUAACCCAUCAGAGAAUCCAUUCUGGAGAAAGGCCUUACCAGUGCACUACAUGUGGAAAAAGCUUUGUAUGGAAAGGUAAUCUCAUCAGCCAUCAGAUAAUCCAUACUGGAGAAAAGUCUUUUAAGUGUGCUACAUGUGGAAAAGGCUUUGGUAGGAAGAGUACCCUCAUCACUCAUCAGAGAAUCCAUACUGGACUAAGGCCUUACCAGUGCACUACAUGUGGAAAAGGCUUUAGCGAGAAAAAUAAACUCCUCACCCAUCAGAGAAUCCAUACCGGAGAAAGGCCUUACCAGUGUGCUACGUGUGGAAAAGACUUUGCACAACAAAGUAACCUCAUCACCCAUCGAAGAACCCAUUCUGGAGAAAGACCUUACCAGUGCACUACAUGUGGAAAAAGUUUUGUAUCGAAAGGAAAUCUCAUCAGCCAUCAGAGAAUCCAUACUGGAGAAAAGCCUUUUCAGUGUACUACAUGUGGAAAAGGCUUUGGAAGUAAAAGUACCCUCAUCACCCAUCAGAGAAUCCAUACUGGACAAAGGCCUUAUCAUUGCACGUCAUGUGGAAAAGGCUUUAGAGAGAAAAGAAAACUCCUCACACAUCAGAUAAUCCAUACUGGAGAAAGGCCUUACCAGUGUGCUACAUGUGGAAAAGGCUUUACACAGCAAAGUACCUUCAUCACCCAUCAGAGAACUCAUUCUGGAGAAAGACCUUACCAGUGCACUACAUGUGGAAAACGCUUCAUAUGGAAAGGUAAUCUCAUCAGCCAUCAGAGGAUCCAUACUGGAGAAAAGCCUUUUCAGUGUACUACAUGUGGAAAAGGCUUUGGAGGUAAAAGUACCCUCAUCAUUCAUCAGAGAAUCCAUACUGGAGAAAGGCCUUAUCACUGCACUUUGUGUGGGAAAGGAUUUGCAAAGAAAUGUGGCCUCCUCACCCAUCAGAGAAUCCAUACUGGAGAAAGGCCUUACCAGUGUGCUACAUGUGGAAAAGGCUUUACACAGCAAAGUACCCUCAUCACCCAUCAGAUAACCCAUUCUGGAGAAAGGCCUCACCAGUGCACUACAUGUGGAAAAAGCUUUGUAUGGAAAGGUAAUCUCAUCAGCCAUCAGAGAAUCCAUACUGGAGAAAAGCCUCAUCAGUGUACUACAUGUGGAAAAGGCUUUGGAGGUAAAAGUACCCUCAUCACUCAUCAGAGAAUCCAUACUGGAGAAAGGCCUUAUCACUGCACUUUGUGUGGGAAAGGAUUUGCAAAGAAAUGUGGCCUCCUCACCCAUCAGAGAAUCCAUACUGGAGAAAGGCCUUACCAGUGUGCUACAUGUGGAAAAGGCUUUACACAGCAAAGUACCCUCAUCACCCAUCAGAUAACCCAUUCUGGAGAAAGGCCUCACCAGUGCACUACAUGUGGAAAAAGCUUUGUAUGGAAAGGUAAUCUCAUCAGCCAUCAGAGAAUCCAUACUGGAGAAAAGCCUCAUCAGUGUACUACAUGUGGAAAAGGCUUUGGAAGUAAAAGUACCCUCAUCACUCAUCAGAGAAUCCAUACUGGACAAAGGCCUUAUCACUGCACUUCGUGUGGGAAAGGAUUUGCACAGAAAUGUGGCCUCCUCGCCCAUCAGAGAAUCCAUACUGGAGAAAGGCCUUACCAGUGUUCUACGUGUGGAAAAGGCUUUGCACAGAAAAGUACCCUCAUCACCCAUCAGAGAACCCAUUCUGGAGAAAGACCUUACCAGUGCACUACAUGUGGAAAAAGCUUUGUGUGUAAAGGUAAUCUGAUCAGCCAUCAGAUAACCCAUGCUACAGAAAAGCCUCAUCAGUGUACUACAUGUGGAAAAGGCUUUGGAAGGGAAAGUACCCUCAUCACCCAUCAGAGAAUCCAUACUGGACAAAGGCCUUAUCACUGCACUUCAUGUGGGAAAGGAUUUGCACAGAAAUGUAACCUGAUUACCCAUCAGAGAAUUCAUACUGGAAUCUAUGCUGGGCAAAGUCCUUACCAGUGCACUUCAUGUGGAAAAGUCUUUGCAGGGAAAAGUGCCUUCAUUACACAUCAGAGAAUCCAUACUGAACAAAGGCCCUACCAUUGGGCAACAUGUGGAAAAGGAUUUACACAGCAAAGUAACCUCAUCAGCCACCAGGGAACCCAUACUGGGGAAUAGCCUCACCAGUGCACUUCAUGUGGAUACAGAUUUGUAGGAAAGAGUAAACUUAUCACCCAUCAGAGAACCCAUACUGGAGAAAACUGUACUACAUGUAGAAAAUGUUUUUCAGGAAAAGAUGCUAUCAACGGACAUCCGAAAACCCGUGGGGAAAACCUUAACGGCCCUUAAGAAAUGUAUCACUUGUUUUUUGUUUUGAAUACUUUAUAAAUAAAGGUUUUCUUUCAUGGCAAAAUGAAAUUAGAGUAUUCCCUAAAUUAAAUGGAUGAAGUGAUUAGGAAAUUACGGUGUACUGCAAAAUCAGUGUAAAACAAUGGGAGUUUCCCACAUGAGCUGUCUUUCACGUGAAGGUGCCCUCAAACAGCAUCAGAAAAUCCACAA